ACGCGAUGAGCAUCAAGUAUAUCCAAGGGAACGUCUUGAAAUGCGCAAAGCCCUCUAUCAUUGCACAUGCUUGCAAUACACAAGGUAUCUGGGGUGGUGGAAUUGCGUAUCAAAUUGCGCAGCUGUUUCCACAAGCGGAAGAGGAGUAUAUUGCCCAUUGUGAGAAGCAUGGCAAUUCGUUGUUGGGAACAACAUUACUCAUUUUGACGAAUAGGGAGGAAAAGGGCAAUGAGCUUUUGAACGGUCAAGCACACGUGAUAGCGUGUUUGUUCACCAGCGUAGGAGGUGGCGGCUCAGCAGACCCUGUAGAGAGUAUUCUUGCAAAGACCAAGCUAGCUAUUGAAGACAUGAAGAAACAGCUCGUCGAGAUGGGUGCAGAUUGUGAAGUAUCCAUGCCUAAGAUCAAUGCCGGCAUAUUCAGGGUUCCAUGGGAAAGAACAGAGGCUAUUCUAAAAGAAAGUGGGUUGAACUACGAUGUGUAUACCAUCUGAUAUAUGAAUAUUAAUUGUGACAUAGAAGCG